UGGACCACAGUUUAUCCCUCUCAGAUUUCUUCACUUGGUCGUUUUCCAGUGUUUUUUCUCCCCGUCUCUCUCGCUCUGCCACUUAACCUAGAUUCAACAAUUGGCGACUCGGUGUUUAGACUGUGUUUUUUUAAUAGCCUCCCACGACAGGCGCUAAACUGUCACUCUGAGGAUACGAGCUUGAGCGCAUCCAUCCGAGGGCUUUCGGGAGAAAAAAAAUAUGCGUUAUCGAGCUGAUGUUGUGCGGUAAUGUAGGAAACUACAGACGGGGAGGCUGAUGCACACCUUUUGGAGCUGCUCUCAUCUCCGACAGGUGUGCGAUUGCGAGCAGAGCGGAUCCGGCUUCGGCGCAAAGUGCCCGUUUUAUCCGCGCAGACGGGCGUCCUGGUUAAGUGUCCAACUAUUUGGGCAAAACGCCGAGUGCGUCUAAACAUGUGGACCGGAGACGCAUGCAACAGAGAUCCCUGAGCAAGAGGAAGAGCCGACACCGAGCAAAUAUGGGACUUUUUGUGCUUUUCAGAUGGCUUGUGUUCACAGUGGUGGUGCCCUCCUGGCUGCUUGCUGUUCCAAGCGGCAUCCGUGAGCGUCCCUGCCCCCAGAGCUGUCGAUGUGAUGGGAAAAUAAUAUACUGCGAGUCCAAUGCCUUCCGUGACGUGCCAAACAACGUGUCUGUCGGCACACAGGGCCUGUCUCUGCGUUAUAACAGCCUGGUGAGCCUUAGAGCCCACCAGUUUGCGGGCCUCAGUCAACUAGUUUGGCUCUAUCUCGACCACAACUACAUCAAUGCCGUGGAUGGCCAGGCUUUCCACGGGAUAAGGAGGCUCAAAGAACUGAUUCUCAGCUCCAAUAAGAUCACACAGCUGAAAAACAACACUUUCCACGACGUCCCGAAUUUGCGUAACCUCGACCUUUCCUACAACAAACUGCAGGUCCUCCAGCCUAAUCAGUUCUGGGGUUUACGGAAGCUACUCAGUUUACACUUGAGGUCAAACUCCCUAAAAACAGUCCCGAUGCGCGUUUUCCUCGACUGCCGUAACCUGGAGUUCCUCGAUAUUGGCUACAACAGGUUGAGAAGCCUCACACGUAAUGCCUUCGCGGGACUCCUGAAGCUCAUCGAGCUCCAUUUGGAGCACAACCAGUUUUCUAAGAUAAAUUUCGCUCAUUUCCCUCGCCUGACUAACCUGCGGGCUCUCUAUCUGCAGUGGAACCGCAUCAAACUGCUAACGCAGGGCCUGCCGUGGAUGUGGACUUCCUUGCAAAAGUUGGACCUCUCAGGAAAUGAGCUCCAAGUGUUGGAUCCGAGCACAUUUCAAUGCCUGCCCAACCUUCAGACUCUCAACCUGGACUCCAACAAGCUCACUAACAUCUCUCAGCAGACAGUGGAUGCUUGGAUCUCCCUCACAACCAUCAGUUUGGCCGGUAAUUUGUGGUACUGUAACCCCAACGUUUGCCCUCUGGUGUCCUGGCUCAAAGCCUUCAAGGGUAACAAGGAGUUUACAAUGAUAUGUACCAGCCCUAAGGAGGCACAAGGAGAGAAGGUUACAGAUGUGGUGGAGACCUACAACAUCUGUACCGCAACUCCGACCCCUAUCCCCUCAACGACAUUGCCCCUCACAACGGCGUUUCAGCCUGAGCUGAAACCGCUCCCCACGCAGUCUGCAGUGGAUAAAAAGCUAACCUGGAACAGGACAGCCUCUCCAACUCCUUCCGAGGCCUCCCCCACCAUCCCAUUACCAGACACCGAGUACGUGUCCUUCCACAAGAUCAUAGCCGGUAGCGUGGCUCUCUUCUUAUCUGUGGCUAUAAUUCUGCUGGUUAUCUAUGUGUCGUGGAAGCGCUAUCCCAGCAGCAUCAAACAGCUUCAGCAGCGCUCGGCGGUUAAGAAGCGCCAGAAAAAGGCACGGGAGACCGAGCGCUCCUUUAAUUCACCACUGCAAGAGUACUAUGUGGACUACAAGCCUUCACACUCAGAGACUAUGGAUGUGCUGGUUAAUGGGACAGGACCUUACACAUACACCAUCUCAGGCUCCAGGGAAUGUGAGGUACCGCGGCAGCUGAGUGCUCUGACAUUGUACAGGUGUGAGCAGUCGGUUCUGGAUUACUGCCAUACCCACCUGUCGCUGCACCUCAAUGUGGGCAUGGAGCCCUCCACUCAGGCGCAGGGAGGUCCAGGGCCAGCAUUGUACCAACCCAGCCUAAUGGCUGCCCUCCCCUCAAAGCCUGUGCUGCCUUGCCCCCAGACCCACUCCCACCACCACUGAGCUGUGCACACCACGAGGCUCUGUCUCCAAACGUCAGCUGCACACAAUCACAGAACUGCUCAUACGAAAUAAAAGGCUGUGUGGGAGGAAGCUGGGACUGGUAAAGAA